GAUGGUAUGUCGUAGAAACCAUUAUCCUCAAUAUAAUAAAGACUGGUUGCUACAUGUUGUUACCUAUUACAGUCCCAAUCCUACUGAUCAUGGAUUUAUCGUCCGAGAUAUUGGAUUGAAAUCCUCUCCUCCACAAACCCUAAUUAAACACCCAUUGAUUCAGAAGAGAUUGAGAGUUGCAGGUGGAGUAACUGAUGGGGAUGCUAUUUGACGACGUAGUAAUAAUCAAGCAGGCAGAGAAGGAAGAUGAAGCUACUAUGAUUACAAUCAAUUGUCCUGACAAAACUGGUCUUGGUUGUGAUCUUUGUCGCACAAUCCUCUUCUUCCGUUUGAGCAUUGUUCGCGGUGAUGUAUCCACGGAUGGAAAAUGGUGUUACAUAGUGUUUUGGGUAGUCGGAAAACCAGGUACAAUCUGGAGUUUAUUGAAGAAGAGACUAUUGGAGGCUUGCCCUUCUUGUUCUUCGGCUAAUACACUCAUAUUUUACCCACCCGAAUCACGGCCACCCAAGCCUGCAGAUGUGUUUCUUCUUAAGUUCUGUUGUCGUGACCGACAGGGUCUAUUACAUGAUGUGACUCAUCUUCUCUGUGAGCUUGAACUUGUUAUUCAAAGAGUGAAAGUAUCGACCACCCCUGAUGGGAUGGUGAUGGACUUGUUUUUCAUCACUGAUACCAGGGAACUUCUACAUACGACAAAGAGAAAGGAGGAUACACAUGAUCAUUUAAAAGCUGUUCUAGGGGAUGCUAUGUUAAGUUGUGAUAUAGAAAUGGUUGGUCCUGAUUUUACCGCUUGUUCUCAUGGCCCACCAUUCUUUAUACCUCCGGCGAUCACAGAAGACACGUUCAAUUUAGAGAUGUUUGACGAAAGUAAACAUGGGUCCCAGUCCCUCCAUUCCGACAGUGUUUCAGUCACGGUGGAUAACUCACUCAGUCCAGCCCAUACGCUUGUUCAGAUUGUUUGCGGUGAUCACAAAGGACUGCUCUAUGAUAUAAUGAGAACUUUGAAGGAUUACAACAUCCAGAUCUCAUACGGGCGAUUUACAAGAAAAGAGAAAAAUGUUUGUGAGAUUGACUUGUUUAUCGUGCAAGCCGAUGGAAAGAAGUUAGUGGACCCUAGCAAACAGAGUGCAUUAUGUUCUCGCAUUCGCAUGGAAUUAUUUCGUCCUCUUAGAAUAACCUUGGUGAACCGUGGUCCUGACACUGAGUUGCUUGUUGCAAAUCCUGUGGAGUUAUGUGGGAAGGGGCGGCCCCUUGUAUUUUACGACAUUACCCUAGCUCUCAAGAUGCUUAAUAUGGACAUCUUUUCGGCUGAAAUUAGUAGGCACUUGAUCGGAGGCCGGGAAUGGGAAGUUUACAGAAUUUUACUUGACGACGGAGACAAAUUGUCUGUGCCGACAGAUAAGAUUGAGGAAGACGUUCGGAAAAUGUUGAUGGGUUGGGAUUGACCAUGACCACAACCACGACCAUGACCACGAUAAUGAUUCUCAUAGUUUACAUAUAUCUCAAUCUUCAUCAAAUGUUUAUAGGUUUGACUUUUUUUCAUAACAUUUCUCCUAAGUUGACUAAAAGUUGAUCCAAAGCUACAAGACCUUAAGCCAGAUUGCAUAAUGUAGGAUGGUAGUUGCAGUAGGGAGAUGUAGAGAACACUACUAAAUGGAAGACUUUUACCUACGGAUUUUCUCCAGAGAAAUCCAUCGCUAAAGGGGUGAUUCGUCACAAAACUGUCAUAAAACUUGGCUCAAAACAGAUUACCCAGGUAUUUUAUGGGUGAUCUGUUGGUAUUUUCUUGAGAAAUAUCGGAUUCUACCAGAAUCAUUGGUAUUUUCAGGGUGAUCAGUCAGUAAUCAUCAACGAAAAUUUCCUUGGAUGAUUUGUGUAGGUAAAAGUCAUUUGUUUUGCAGUGGAAAUUGGGUUGAGCCAGAAGUGGUGCACUCACUGUAAAUAGCUUCCAAGUAGUACAUAAUAAGGGAAGAUGAUAUGGAAGUUGAUGGUUAAAGAUUCUGGAAAGCAUGAUCAUAGUUGCAGUAAGAUCACUUGUUUGUACAUAUUUCACAUUUCCUGAAUGAAAUAUCGGUAAUGUACAUGUUUUCGCUUUUUAGCAAUCUACAAUAUUUGUUGUAGAGUUAGCUCAACUGACAAAUAAAAGCUAGACUUUGGGGUUUUUCCUCAU